UGCACAGGCCACUGCGCGCAACAGCAACGCCGCUCCGCGUCCUGAUCAGGAAGUGAAUCUGAGGGAAAUAAGCGACUGUGGAGGUAGAGUGACAUAGAGGGGGAGAAGUGGGAGAGAAGCAAGCGGAGAUACAAGAGACUAACGGAGGGAGGGAUCGACCCUUGUUUCUGGACCCUGUAUUGAGCUGCUCCCCUCUUGGAGAUACUGCACCGCCAAAAAAAAUGCUCAUAAAGGAAUUUCGAGUGAUUCUUCCUAUCUCUGUGGAAGAGUACCAGGUCGGCCAGCUGUACUCUGUGGCUGAGGCCAGUAAGAAUGAGACGGGUGGAGGAGAAGGAGUGGAGGUGCUCAAAAAUGAGCCCUACGAGAAAGAUGGAGAAAAGGGACAGUACACACACAAAAUCUACCAUUUGCAGAGUAAAGUGCCGUCGUUCGUCAGAAUGUUGGCUCCAUCUUCAGCUCUCAACAUCCACGAGAAAGCCUGGAACGCAUACCCAUACUGUCGCACAGUUAUCACUAACGAGUAUAUGAAAGAGAACUUCCUGAUUAAGAUUGAGACAUGGCACAAACCGGACACGGGACAUCACGAAAAUGUUCAUGGUUUGGAUCCAGAAACCUGGAAGAAGGUGGAUGUAGUCUAUCUUGAUAUCGCUGACAGGACCCAAGUGGAGCCGAAGGACUACAAGCCAGAGGAGGAUCCUUGUAGGUAUAAGUCAGUGAAGACGGGACGAGGCCCUCUAGGACCAGACUGGAAGAAGGAACUUCCUAAGAAGACAGACUGCCCGCACAUGUGUGCCUACAAACUGGUCACUGUCAAAUUCAAGUGGUGGGGCCUGCAAAACAAAGUGGAGAGCUUUAUUCAAAAGCAAGAGAAGCGUUUGUUCACUAAUUUCCACCGUCAGCUGUUUUGCUGGAUCGACAAGUGGAUCGACUUGAACAUGGAAGACAUUCGUCGCAUGGAGGAGGAGACACGCAAGGAGCUAGAUGAGAUGAGAGUGAAGGACCCAGUGAAAGGGAUGGUGGCUCUAGAGGACUGAGGUUGUGUCGGACCGUGAAUGCUGCUGCUCAUCAGACCGGACUACCCAGACACCAGCGGAUUCACUUCCUCUUAAUAUUCCAACUGCCACAACACCUGACCGGCCGGUCCAACCCCCCCCCCCCCACACACACUCCCCUCCCGCUGCACAAUCUGGUUUUCAGGGACCUGGACCCAGUGAACUCCCAGUUUUCAGAUGAUCUCCUCCAACCCAUCCCACCUCCCUUGAGUCCUAUCCACCUCUUUUUAGUUUUUCCAUCCAGUGUCCCCAUCUUAUUUCCUGCCGAGGCCUCCAGUAGCGACACUAUAGAUCCUACAGUCCUUCCUCGCUCUUUCUCUGUCACUAAACUGUUCUAAGCUACAGAGGAAAUAGUGUCAUUUAUCUCUGCAAUUUAGGAUUUGUAUCUACUUUAAAUAUCCCAAUGGUGUAUAUGUACAGUAUGCCGUAUAUAGGGGAGUUGAAUAAUUGUAUUGAUAUAUACAUAAAUAUAAAUAUAUAUGAACAGGGUUUUUAAAAGGAUUUGUCUGUAAGUUUGUCUGAGGAUGUUUAGUUUUUCCAGACCAAGCUGUGCUCAUUGUUGAGUUCUGAUCCUGUGAUUUUCUUUCUUUAUUGGAUGGGGGAGGCGUUUUCAUAACACCUCCAUCUCUACAUUUGUGUCAUGCAGUGUUUCCUUUUGUUGUCCAAAUCAAUUUGCAAAGUCCACCAGCUGCAGCUGCAAAGUUGGGAUUGUGCCGAGAGUGUUAUGUAGCCUCUGCUUUACUCCUGACCUAAUAUCUCCUGUAAUAUGUUGAGGCAUUCGUUGGCUUUUCUGCUGCUUUGUGAGUUUGUGGGUUUGUUGUUGUGUAGCGUUGUAUGGUCUUCAAGGUUUUCCUGCCAUGUUUUUUUAUUUUUUUAUCUCAUUAGGUCAUUCCUAGCUCUUUAGUUUCAUCAGGCUGUGCAAACAGAAAAUGCAGUAAUUCUCCACACACACACACACACACACACACACACACACACACACACACACACAAUACAGGGAUAGGAGUCAAAUGAUUUACUCAGCAAAGUAAAUUAGUCUUUUUCAACAGAUUUCCAAACCUUGUAGUUUCUAAACUCGAUAUCAUGGCUGUGUUUUUAACAUUAUGAAAAACAGCUCCUCCUGCUUGCUGUAGAUAGAUAAAUUGUUUUCUGAAAGUUAAACUUGAUGUGAGUUCAUGCCCUGUCAUCCAUUCUGUCACCUCCAGUGGAUAAAUGGUCUUAUCCAGCGAUAGCAAUAACUACCAUGAAACGUUGGUUUCUCCUUUUAUCACCGCAAAUAUAAUCUUACUGGUUUUUCCCAUCUUGAGAACAGUUUUAGUAAACUGAGCCGAUGCUGAAAGGAAAGGAUGGUUAAGUGAUUGGUGAAUAAUUAAAUAAAUGCUGGAUUUAUUGUUUCUCUUUGGAUGAGGCAGAUUAUUUUUUUUCUCCUGCUGGAAUCUGAAGCCUGUUACAUGUGAUAGUGUGGUGUUUCAGUUUAUGCAUGAGUGUACAUGAGUGAUGUACAGUAGCGUGUCUUUAUGAGAUCUGAUGCUGGCUGGGUGAAGAAGGGAGGAUGUAACGGAGCUAGAGGAGUGAUAAUAGCAGGCACUAACCUUCCACCUGUUGUUGACGUCUGUUUGGCCUCCUCUUUGUCAUCUGUUUUUGUUUUCAUCUUUUACCAUUGAUCUUAUAACAGUGUGGGCACUUUAAAGAGAAAGCAACAGAUGAUGUAAAAUCCAUAAUACUGAAUUAUUUCAAUUGCAAUCAAUACAUUUAGAUCGUUAAAGAGUAGAUAUUUUUGCUUUUCUAAUUUUAAUAUCAACCGUUUUUUACAUUUAGUUCUUGUUAAAUUGUGUUAAAUUGUAUUAUAACAUAUUCAUAUACAUUAAAAAGUAUUUUCUUUCCUGAUUAAAUGCAUACCAAUAUGAGUAUUUUAUUUGAAGAGCUUCUUGUUGGCAAUUAUUCAAAGUCCCUUCCCCCGCAAGGCAAUUUCGUGAUUGUUGACAUUGGGCUCUAAUUAUCAAUACAUUUGACAUUAUUUGACAAUUAUCAAAACAAAACUUUCCCAAAAAUGCCUUUAUUAGGCUAAUCAUUUGUUAGCCUAAUAAAUAUCACUGUAUUACUGGGCCGUUUCUCAAUGUCGAGUAAACCUGCUGCAGAGCCACUAUUUCGAUGACGUAGUAUACUUGAAAUAGUGGCUCUGCCGCAGGUAUACUCGACAUUGAGAAACGACCCUGGUCUGUAACAACUCUACAGUCGUUCACAUUCUCUACAGUUCAGAAUGGAGAAAAUCAAGAAGAAGAAUUGAUAAUCAGCCUGAUUUUUGUAUCUGUAUUAAGUUUUUAAACCUCUCCCUGCGUAGGAUUGUCUGUUGCCUCCUCUUGAAAGAAAACACUGCUCCUCGUUGUCCUCCCCUUCCACCUCUCUGUGUCCAUCGAGCAUGUCACUCACUGCCUGUGAUGGGGCUACCAACUGAACCAUGGAGAUUUGUGGAUGUACUGUAUGUAUUGACUUUGUAAAUAGUAAAUAAAGUAAUGUAGAUGAACACAUAUAUAUAUAUAUAUAGAUCAGACUGUCCUGCUAGACCUACAGCACACCCUCUCGACACUUGAUCCUCUAAAUACAUCCAGUGAACAAGUUGCUCUCAGAGAUAUUUUUGCGAUGAAAUGUAGAAAUAUUGUUUCUAAACUUUAGUGCUGAUAAGAAAUUGUGGAAUACUGUCAGCUGUAGAAAUAAAGAUUGAGAUGAUUGUACUGCAGAUUUUAUCACGCUCCAGCAAAGCAGAGACAGUGAAAAGCUGCUGUUUGGUUUGUAAUUGGAGAAAAAAAAGUUUUAAAACCCUCACUAUUCCUUCUCACGUUGUUCUUUCCUCACAGAGCGCACAUCUCAUUGGCAGGACAGUGUAUAGCUAUAUAUUUUUGUUCUGGGUGUUGUUGUACCUCUGUUGUCAGUCUCUGAACUGCUUCUCUCACUGAAAAGGAACAUAUAACGGCAGCUUGGGUCAGUUCAUUGAUCCACAAAAUUAGCUGAUGGUGUGAGAGCUUGUGCAAUUUAGAUUUUUCCCUCCUGCGGUUUGUGAUGGAGAUGGAGGGAAAGUCAUUCUGCAUUUUAAGAUCACCAGAUGCUUGAGGGUUGGAGUUAUAGCUCAAAAGAGAACAAGACAAUUAGUUGUGGUUGUUUGAAAACUGAUAGUGACAUAAGGUCAAUUUUUAAGAGCCUACGAGACGUCAUAGAAGCUUGUGAGAGAAUAUGGUUUAACAGAGACAAUCUCAGAGAUAUCUGUCGUUAGAUUCCUGGAUUUAUAAUCAGAAUAUGAAACCAAAUGAUUCGACAAUCCUGAACUGUUUUUAAAUCUCUCUAUCUCUUCUCUCUCUAACGCUCUCUUUCACUCCUGUUAACUUGUCUCCUGUUUUUCUUUCUUUUAUUGUGAAUUUGUGCCUUUUUGUCAUCUUAUCUUCCAAUAACACUACUGUACAUUGGAGACGUAAAGAAAUGAAUAAAAAGAAGCAAAGCAACUAUA